CGGCCUGGCCCGCGCCUGCGCACGUGCGGCGCGAGCGUCGCGGCCGGAAGCGGCGGGGUCGUGCGCGGGCGGCGUCCCCGGCCCGCGGGCUCCCGUCUGCCCGUGCCCGGCGGCGGCCAGGGCUCGCGCUUCGCCGGUGCGGAGCUGUGCCGCCGAGCAUGGGGCCGCCGCGGAGGUGAGCAGCGCCUGCUGCUCGGCUCGGCUCGGCGCCCGCCAUGACCUGCACCAUCGAGAAGAUCCUGACGGACGCGAAGACGCUGCUGGAGCGGCUGAAGGAGCACGACACCGCAGCCGAGUCGCUCAUCGACCAGUCCGCCGUUCUGCACCAGCGUGUGGCCGCCAUGAGAGAGGCGGGCGCGGCGUGGGCCGAGAAGGUGAGAGCGGGCGGCGGGCGAGCGAGCGAGCGGCGGUGGGGCGGUGGGGCGGCCGGACCGACAGCCGUGUCUCAGCAGGGCCCGGGCCCCGCGGCGGAGCGGCCCGACCCGUCCCGGCUGCGGCCACACGUGCUGCUGUCUCAGGAGAACACGCAGAUCCGCGACCUGCAGCAGGAGAACAGAGAGCUAUGGAUCUCGCUGGAGGAGCACCAAGAUGCGUUAGAGCUUAUCAUGAGCAAGUACAGAAAGCAGAUGUUACAGCUUUUGCAGGGGAGAAAAGGUGAAGAUGCAGAACCACUCUUGAAAGUUCAUCAGGCUAAUUCUUUGGAAAUUGAAAGUCAAAUAGACAGAAUAUGUGAGAUGGGAGAGGUGAUGAGAAAAGCUAUUCAAGUCGAUGAUGAUCAGUUCUUUAAAGUUCAGGAGAAACUAGCUCAGUUGGAGCUUGAAAACAAAGAGCUGCGUGAACUAUUGUCAAUCAGCAAAGAAUCUUUUGAGGUGGGGAAAGAAGAUCUGCCUGACUGUGAAGCUUAGGUCACAGAAUAACCUUAUCUCCAAAUCUUGACUUCAGAGACUUACUAUGAAACUACCCUACAAGGAUGGGUUUUCAUUUGUUCUUUCAGGUGUUUCCUGGUAUGUUUGUUUUAUCUUUCAAAAUGUGUGGGCUGUUUUCUCUGCAUUUUUCUGAAAUUACAUACUGUCGAUGGCAAAGGCUUGUGUUGCUGCUCCGUCUUAGUAAUUGCAGCAUACAGAUGCUUAACAAUGAAGUAUUUGAUGUGUACUCCCUUGUGCUAUUUUAUUUCCUCUCCCUUUUGUUAUUUUUUAUGAGCUUUAGUUAAUAAUUCCAACUGUGCAGAUGGCACUUAAAUCCACCUCGUCAGUAGCUAGAGAACAUAAUACAGGUUGUGAUUAUUUUAUUUGAUAGAAGGAACAAGAGAUUGUUCAAAAACUGCAUUGCAAAUGGUAGGUACACGUUUUGCUCUGCCCGCACAAAGCGGGCACGCAGAGCUGUUGUUUUGCUUUGAGGAGCUAACACUCGGUCUUUGGCUGGGUUAACACUGCUACUCGGACAACUGCUUACAAGCAGAUCGUGAGAACAGCAGAUAGCCAAUAGAGCACUUUAAGUAGUAACUCUCAUAAGGAACAUACUUCACCUUGAUUUAGCGGUGAAAAUCGGAGUGGAUGACUGCUGUGCGUUUCUGAAGGACGUCGUGUAUCUGACUAAUUAUUUUUUUUUAUGGGUAGACGUCUUCCGGCUUUACCAGUGCUCCAAGGUGUGUGGAUAUGGGCUAGCUCUGAUCUGAAGGCGGUGCGCUCAAACCCUGUGCAGCGCACAGCACUUUCAGAUCAAAGCUCUUUGGCCUCCCACCACUUUGGACUUCAGGAAGAGUGAGCUGAGGUCUGCCUCAAAACUAAAGCAAAACCAACCAUGUAGACAGGUUUUUAAUGUUACAUCGCAGGUAAGUCUAGUUACAGAUGUGACGUAGUUAUUGCGACAUUGCAGAAUCCUAUAUUGAGUGAAAUUAAAAUUGCAGUGUUGUAGGAAUUUACCGUAGAAUCACAGAAUGGGUUGGAAGGGACUGUAAAGAUCAUCCAGUUCCAAGCCCCUGCCACGGGCAGGGACACCCUCCACUAGACCAAUAUUGUGGUAUUUUUAAUGACAUUUUUAUAUAAGGAUUUGUCUUUCUUACCUGUGAUCAAAGAAUAAUAUUCCAAGAACAGUAAACAUUUCAUUUCCAGUAUUAGUUUAAAUUUUUAUGCUACUUUUUCCCAAGUGACAAUUUUGAUAGGUGCAGAAGGUGAUUGACAUUCCUGUGCUUAUUAAAAUACAUUUUCUUGCAACCAUUUGGAAUAUCCAGCAAGAUUGUUUGGUAGAUAUAAGGGAUUUCUGUACAGGAGUAUUCUUGUAUACAAUCCUUUUCUAUUAGAAAAUGUUUAAGAGGGAAUAAAAACCCCAAACAAACCCACAAUCAAA